AUGUCGUGUAAUUUGACCAACAAUGCCGCUCUCUCUGCGUUGCGAGACGCAGUCACAGCACUUUACCCUACACAGGUGAUCGAUGGCUCGUCUCCCGCAUUUGAAAAGGCCCAGAACUCGUUUUGGAACCAGAUUCAGAGAGAGAAAGCCCCAGAAUGUUUCUUUCAACCGACUGAGGCCUGCCAGGUUGCCAAGGCCAUGCUCGAGGUUGUAAAGCGAAACUGUCCGUUUGCAAUCAAAGGAGGGGGUCACUCGUCCAAUCCUGACGGCUGCAGCGUCAACGCUGGAUUCCAAUUCGACCUCGCCAAUCUCAACCACGUUGAAAUUGCGGAGGACAGGUCAAGCGUCCGGGUCGGGCCCGGGGUGCGAUGGGGCGAUUUGUUCAAGAUUCUGGAGCCACACGGCGUCAUUGCAGCGGGAGGACGGGACUAUGGAGUUGGUGUCCCUGGCUUUAUUUUUGGCGGAGGUCUAUCAUAUUUAUCCACUCAGGAGGGUUGGGGAAUCGAUAACCUUCUCGCCGUUGACAUCGUGCUCGCCAACGGACAGCAGAUCACUGUCGAUAAGGACUGCCAUCCAGACCUCUACCGAGCCCUCCACGGCGGCGGCGCACACAACUUCGGCAUCGUGACCAAUCUGACCCUGAAACUCCACCCGUACCAGGGAAUGUGGGGCGGGUACUACGCCGUGCAAGAAGAGCAUUUUGACGCCGUUUUUAGAGCAUACGACAAAUACACCCAGAGAAUGACUACCAACGGGAAGGCGCACAUGAUCGUCGACUUUUUCCGCCGUGAUGGCAUGAUGAUCGCUGUUCAUUUCAUGGGAUAUCCGGAGCCACUCGCGAAUCCUCCUAUCUACGAUGAGAUCUGCCGUAUCCCAAGCGUCGGUAAUACCCUUCGUUUGGCUGAGUACAGCAAUCUGGCUGCGGAAAUGCAAGAGGUCACAGACAGCCGAGGGAAGAGGAAUGCCUACUGGACAGUUUGUAUAGGUUAUAACAUUGAUCUGCUUAAGUCUGCAUACGUGGCCUGGGCGCAGAUUACGGAGCCAUAUGCUAAACGACUUCGAUUCGCUUUUGAUGUCAAUCAUAUCACACCGGCGAUGAGGAAUAAAGGUGCUGAUGAAGGCUAUGAGAAUGUAUAUGGACUGGAGGGCCCUAACGAGCCUCUCACCAACAUUCUGCUCACGAGUACGUGGGAAGAUAAGGCCGAUGACGAUGAAGUAGUGUCGGUCUUAGAGAGGUUGGGUGCAACAAUCGAAAAUUUAGCCCGAGAGUAUGGGAAGUUUCAGUCUUUUAGGUUUAUGAAUUAUGCACAUCAGAGGCAGGAUGUGAUUACAAGCUUUGGUGAGAAGAACAAGGCAUUUUUGAAAGAAGUGGCCGCCAAGUAUGAUCCGAAUGGGGUGUUCCAGAGACUACAGGUGGGAGGGUUCAAGUUGGAUGGGUCAAGAUCUAUAUCCUAA